AACUAAAAUUGAUCCCUGUAAAGUGGGAGAAGGCACAGGAAGUGAGGCAAAGAAGGGUCUUUAAAAGUGGCAAAAUAUCCCUAGGGGAGGGGAGGCUUUUUCUCCUUCAAACUUGACCUUGGAGGAUCUCUGGCUUGGGACCUCAGACUGCUUCUAGUAAGACUGCUCCUGUAUCUUUUCUUUGGACUACCACAUGGAUAGAAGAGCUCCAGUCCUGAAGAGAAAGAUCCCAGUCCUCUGGAGCAGGGGAAGCAGCCUCCACAGAGACAGAGACAGGCUCUGGGGCAGCCACACCGCCUUUAGCCUGGAGAGCAGCAGAGACAGCUCCAGGGAGACACCCACGGAUGAGACACCUUGCUGGGCAGGAGAGCAGAGAUUCCUGGGAAGGACAGAGGCAGUGACACCCGGUGGGCAGUGCAGACCAAUGGAGAGGCCCUCAGAAGCCUCACAGAGUAGGGGCAGCACCUGGAAGGGGCUCCUGAUCAUCACAGCCUCCAUCCUCAGCUGCUGGAUCCAGCCAACGUCUGCUCAAGAUAUCACAGUUGUACCACAACCAACCUAUGUGCAAGAAAGUGACAACGUCAUCCUGAAUAUCCAGGGGUACACGGGGAGUCCUCGUGAGUAUGUUUGGUACCGAAAGAAAUCAGCUCAGGAUCCGGGCCGUGUGAAGAUCGUGACAUACAAUCCUGCUACUAAAUAUCUGUCACCAAGCAAUUCCCGACAGAGGGUAUUCGCUAAUGGCUCCUUGAUCAUCCCCAACCUCGUUGGCAUUGAUGAUGCUUACUAUGAAGUACAAAUCAACGAUUCCUCUUCACAGAUACUUACAGGAGGAGCCCUAGUGACAGUCUAUGACAAGUACAUGAGGAAACCCACCGUAACUAUCCAAAGCGCUGGCCACAUCGUACAGAAUGACUCCGCGGUCAUGAAGUGUAACUCAAGGCAUAACGAUUUGUCACAAAUUCGGUGGUACUUCCAAAAUAAGAAGUUGAUACUCAAUGACAGGAGGACUUUGCCUUCGAAUAACAAAACCCUCAUGAUCACACCUGUGAAGAGGGAAGACAAUGGAGCUUAUCAAUGUGAAGUCUGGAAUCCACUCAAUGCCAGGAAAAGUGACCCAUUCAACCUGUCUAUCAUCUAUGGGCCAGAGGAAAUCAAGAUUCUUCCAAAGCAUGUUCAUGGGCAGAUUGAGGUCUUACUCAACAAGAAGCUGACUUUAGAGUGUCAGGCUAGUUCUGAACCACCGGCCCAGUAUACAUGGCAAGUGAAUGGUUCUUCUAGAGCUGGAAAUUCAGGAAACAUUUAUGCUAUCUCCAAACUAUCUUGGGGACAUUCAGGGACAUAUACAUGCAUGGCAAUGAACAGCAUAACCAACACAGCAAUAUCUAAAAACAUCAUAGUCAGAGUAUAUGAGCCUUCAGGAGGCUCCAUACGCGCUGGACAGAUCGUUGCUGGCAUUGUGAUUGGAGUCCUAGCUGGAGUGGCUCUCAUGGUGGCUCUCAUCUAUUACAUGGUCAUCGGAGAAUCUUCAGGCAUCUAUAUCAACACCAUCAUCAACAUCAACAUCAUCAUCAAUAAUAUCAACAUCAUCAAAAACAAUAACAUCAUCAACAUCUACAUCAUCCUCAUUAACAAGAACACCAUCAACACCACCAACACCAUCAUCAUCUACAACACCCUCAUCAUCAACAACAACAACACCAUCAACAUCAUUAUCCAGACAAGACCAAACAGGGAGAGGAGAAAGGUGGCCUUUGACCUUCACAAACAUUCAUGGGCACCAAAGAUGCAGGGGCUCCUUGCUGCCCAAACACAGAAGCAAAACAAAAACAGGCAACAGAGUCCACAUCCAAGUUGCAGUGGAAGCCAAAGCCGAAGCUGGAGCCACAGUCCAAGCACCAAUCCAAGCCCUUUUCCACCCAGGACUUAUAACAGGACAGAACACUUCAGUAAUCAUCACUCCUCAUCCCAUGCCCAACCCCACACUCACUUCCACUAUUCCUCUAACUCCAACCAUCAGCACUCCAACAGUUGUCCUAACAGAAGGAAGGCAACAGGGCUAGCAAAAAGAAUGGCCAAGAAAGGUCUGUCACCAUACAGAAGGAAAAAACGAGCAGAUAGAAGAGCUCCAGUCCUGAAGAGAAAGAUCCCAGUCCUCUGGAGCAGGGGAAGCAGCCUCCACAGAGACAGAGACAGGCUCUGGGGCAGCCACACAGUCUUUAACUUGGAGAGCAGCAGAGACAGCUCCAGGGAGACACCCACGGAUGAGACACCUUGCUGGACAGGAGAACAGAGAUUCCUGGGAAGGACAGAGGCAGUGAUACCCGGUGGGCAGUGCAGACCAAUGGAGAGGCCCUCAGAAGCCUCACAGAGUAGGGGCAGCACCUGGAAGGGGCUCCUGAUCAUCACAGCCUCCAUCCUCAGCUGCUGGAGCCAGCCAACGUCUGCUCAGGAUCUCACUGUUGUACCAGACCCAGUUUAUGGGAGAGUAGGGGACACCGUCACCCUUAAUGUCCUGGAGUACUCAGGGAGGGCUUUGGGCUAUAAUUGGUACUAUAAGUCAUCAGCACAGGGUCCUGACCUGACUUUGCUCAUCCAACACAAUGUUCAAGAUGGAAAGCUGAUACCAGAGGAUACCCGACAGAAGGUACUCCCUAAUGGCUCCCUGCUCAUCCCCAAUCUUGUCCUCAAUGAUGCUGGUUACUAUGAAGUAUGGAUCAAUGAUUCCUCUUUACAGAUACUUACAGGAGGAGCCCAACUGACAGUGUAUGCUCGACCACCCAAACCUACCAUCAUCAGCUCCAACAUGGCCCCAGUAGAGAACAAGGACACUGUCUCGUUGGCAUGCCAGGCUGAGGGUCAAAUUCUCACGUACCGGUGGUUCAUGAAUGAAAGUGCCCCAACUGGUGAAAGGAUACAGUUGUCCCUGGAUAACAAGACACUCACAAUAAAAAAUAUCACAAGGGAAGACAAAGGACCCUAUGUGUGUGAAAUCAGGAUCCCAGUUAGUAUGAGUGAUCCAUUCACAGUAAAUGUUACCUACGGCCCAGAUACCCCCAUGAUUGUCCAUACAGUCGAUCGUUUCUCUAUAGGGGCAUAUAUUGAGUUCAUCUGUUCUGCUGAAUCUAACCCACCUGCCCAAUUCACUUGGUUUCAAAAUGGACAAAAGCUGAGCAACUCAGCCACACUCUCUACUACUGUGUCCCUGAAUCACACUGGAACCUAUACUUGUCAUGCAUCUAACUCAUACACUGGCUUGAACAGCAGCAAAGACAAGAAUAUUGCAAUCUAUGAGAAACUGAUGAAACCCAACAUAACUAUCAAUAGCACCGGCAUCAUCAUGGAGAAUGAAACCGUGGUCUUGAUGUGUAACACAGAGAAUAAAGAUUUGCCAGAUAUUUGGUGGUACUUCCAAAAUAAGAAACUGAUCCUCAAUGACAGGAUGACUCUGUCUCAGAAUAACCAGACCCUCACCAUCAUGUCAAUGAAGCGGGAAGACAAUGGAGCUUAUCAAUGCAAAGUCUGGAAUCCAGUCUUUGCCAAUAUAAGUGACUUGUUCAACCUGGCUGUCAUCUAUGGACCAGAGCAAAUCACGAUUUUUCCAAAGUCUGUUCAUGGGCAGAUUGAGAGCACGUUCAACAAGAAUCUGACUUUAGAGUGUCAGGCUAGUUCUCAACCACUGGCCCAGUAUACAUGGCAAGUUAAUGGUUCUUCUAUAUCUGGAAAUUCAGGAAACACCUAUACUAUCUCAGAAGUAUCUUCAGAACAUGCAGGAACAUAUACAUGCAUGGCAAUGAACAAUGUGACCAAUGCAACAAUCUCUACAAACAUCACAGUCAGGAUGAUUGAUAAAAAGGCUCUUUCACUGUCUGGAGGGCCAAUUGCUGGCAUUGUGAUUGGAGUCCUAGCUGGAGUGGCUCUCAUCGGGGCUCUCAUCUAUAACCUGUUCAUCAAAAUAUCUAUAGAGGAAUAUAGCAUCACAUUUUAGACCCACAGCAUAAGUUGGUGAGGAAAAUGAGGCUGAUAAGGAAGCAGGACUGGACUCCCAGGCAGUCCUCUCAGUUCCUUACCUACCACAAAACUGGCCUUCCAACUCACACAUUCAUUCAUUAAGAGAAUGUUUAUCUACCUGU